AUGGCGAAGGUCGAGCCCGAAAGCCCGCAGAUAGAGGAUGACGAUGAGAUGCCGCAGAUCGAGGCUACGACCGAGGCUGCGGCGGAGAAGAAGCCGGAGAAGAUUAAACCUGCGUCAAUAUGCAAGCUGUUCUCCAAGAUGAACACUUUGGAGGUGAUUGUGCUUCUUAUUGGCUGUCUGGGUGCCAUCGGCAACGGCAUAUCGCAGCCCUUGCUCUGCAUUGUCUUCGGCGAUCUCAUUGACGGCAUGGGGGGUUCAACAGGUGGCAUGGCUACGAUGACCCCCGAACAGAUGACCAUGAUGAUGGACGGCAUGAUGAGCCAGAUGGAGGAGCUUUGCAUCACCAUGAUGCUCGUGGGUGUUGGGGCGACCUUUGCAGCAUUCCUGCAGGGAGCCUGCUUCAAGAUCUUCGCCGAGAAGCAGGCCUUCAAGUUCCGAGUCCUCUACUUCGACUCCGUUCUCCACCAGGACGUGGGCUGGUUCGACACGAAGGAGGUUGCAGCUCUGCCGGCGGAGAUCAAUGAUGACUUGGAGAAGAUCCAGGAUGCCUUCGGCGACAAGUUUGGCAAUGGAGUUAUGGCUGCCGCGGCAUUCCUCGGCGGCUUCGGAUGUGCUUUCGGAAUGGGCUGGCUGAUUGCUUUGGUCAUGUGCUCUAUUCUGCCAUUCAUGGGUGUCGGGGCAGCCGUGAUGGGCAAAGCCGUCCAGGAGAUCCAGAACGAGUCGCAGAGCUGGUAUGCCAAGGCCUCUGCGGUCGUCGAGGAGUGCCUCCAUGCAAUGCGCACGGUGGUUGCCUUCGGUGGCGAGCACCGUGAGCUCAAGAAGUUCUCUGCAGCCCUUGUCCAGACUCGCCGCGGCGGCGUCAGGAAUGGCUUCAAGGUGGGUGCUGGCAUGGGAUACACCAUGUGCAUCGUCUUCCUGGGGUACGGCUUGGCGUUCUGGUUUGGCAUGACAUUGAAAUACAAUGACGAGGUCAAUCCUGCCACCGGCAAGGAAUGGGAGCCAGGCACAAUCAUGGCAAUUUUCUUCUGCAUCUUCAUUGGCAGCUUCAUGAUCGGCAAUUUGGAUCCCAGCAUCAAGGCCAUGAAGUCAGCCCAGACUGCUGCUGGCCGCUUCUUUCGGGCCGUGGAGAACAAGCCAAACAUUCAGUGCCGAGACCAAGACAUGCGUGAGGGCAUCGACAGCAUCGAGCAGUUCGACUUCGAGUCGGUCCACUUCACGUAUCCUGCACGGCCCGAUGUGAAGGUGCUGAACGGCUUGUCGCUGACGAUCCAGCGAGGCCAGAAGGUCGCCGUGGUGGGCGAGUCGGGCUCCGGAAAGAGUACCGUCAUGGCUCUGCUGGAGCGUUUCUACGAUCCGGACUCAGGAGCUGUUCUGGUGAAUGGGCAGAACAUGAAGACCUUCAAGAUUGCCGCCUUGCGCAGGUGCAUUGGGUACGUGGGUCAGGAGCCGGUGCUUUUCGCCAGCUCCAUCCGCCACAACAUCAUGCAGGGCAACCCCUCGGCCAGCAAGGAGGACUUCGCCAAGGCUUGCGCCGACGCUCAGCUCGGCUUCGUGGACAAUUUGCCGGAGAAGUACAACACCUUUGUUGGGAGUGGCGGCGGUCAGCUCUCAGGAGGCCAGAAGCAGCGGAUUGCCAUUGCCCGAGCAUUGCUGAAGAAGGCCUCCUUCCUCUUCUUGGACGAGGCGACCAGCGCCCUCGACAACACGUCCGAGAAGAUGAUCCAGGCCACGAUUGACAGCAUCAGUGCCAACGCCACAGGCGGUCUCGGAAUUGUCAGCAUCGCCCAUCGUCUCAGCACCGUGAAGAAUUCGGAUCUCAUUUAUGUGCUCAGUCGGGGUACUUUGGUGGAGAAGGGCAAUCACGCCUCCCUCAUGGAGAAGAAGGGCACUUACUACGCGUUGGUCGCAGCACAGGAGUCUUCUACCAAAGCCGAUGAGGAAGAGGGGAAUGAGGCGCCUGCAGUGCCCCACGACCAGACAUUGCAGAUGGUAGUGAAGCGCUCCUCGACGAAUUCUGGGGAGUCGGAGAGCGAGCGUGUGAAGCGAGAGAAGGAGGCAGAAGCUGAUCGGGAGAAGGACAUCGUCAAGAAGUAUAAGGUGCCGAUGAGGCGACUCCUCAGCUACAACAAGCCUGAAUGGCCCUUCUUCGUCCCUGCAAUUCUCGGCGCCAUGGUGGAUGGCUCCGCCAUGCCGGUUUGCACUAUCGCGCUUGUAGGAUCUAUGGAGGGCUUCUUCAAGAUAGACAAGGAGGAGAUGAGGUCCGACCUCGAACAGAUGGCUUUGAUUUUCGUCAUCAUUGGCGUGAGUGUCCUCGUGGGCUCGACCAUCUCCCACGGUUGCUUCUCCAUCCUUGGGGAGGCCAUGACGCAGCGUCUCCGCGUGGCAAUCCUGACGGGUAUGUUCCGCCAGGAGGUGGGAUUCCAUGAUGAUCCGGCCAACACCCCAGGCAUGCUAUCCAAGGCGCUGGAGCUCUGGGCUUUCCGCGUGGCCACCUUGUGCAAGUCCGUGCAGGCCAAGGCUGCGGCCAUGAGUUCCCUGGUCGUUGGUCUCGUGAUUGCCUUCGUCUACUGCUGGCAAAUGUCCCUGGUUAUGUUGGGCUCCAUCCCGAUCAUGAUCGUAGCGCAGGCGCUUCAGAUGUUGGUGCUUUUGGGUGCUUCGAAGAACGAGAACGAGAACAUCACCAAUGCCAACCAGAUUGUGGUGGACUCCGUCAUGAACGCUCGCACGGUGCAGGCACUAGGUGUGGAGAAAGGCCUUGUGGGCAUGUAUGUGAGCUGGGUCGAGAAGUCCUUGGUGGGCAUGUGGAGGCGCAACAUCCUUGCUGGACUGGGAUUCGGUGUCUCCAACGGUAUCAUGUUCUUCAUCAUGGCUGGAGGCUUCUACAUUGCGUCCAUCCUGAUCAAAGAGGGGGUCGCCGACUUCCAGGGGGUGAUGAUGGCCUUCAUGGGAAUCUUCUAUGCUGGAAUGGGAGCAGGUCAGGCGGCUGUCAUGGUUGGCGACGCGACCAAGGCGAAGGUGGCCUGCCACGACAUGUUUCAGCUUAUGGAUCGCAUCUCUGCCAUUGACGGCUUGGAGCCAACUGGUGAGACGCCAAAGCAGCUGGAAGCUGGCCAGAUCGAGUUCCGUGACGUCAAGUUCUUCUAUCCGUUCCGUCCGGAGGUCCAGGUGCUCAAGGGCAUUACCUUCAGCAUCUCCGCCGGGCAGUCUGUCGGUCUUGUGGGCCCAUCCGGUGGUGGCAAGAGCACGGUGAUGUCCCUGAUCCAGCGCUUCUACGAUCCUCAGGAAGGGCAGGUCUUCAUCGGCAACGACCGGGUCGCGCUGAACACCGUCAACAUUCGUUGGUGGCGUCGGCAGAUUGGUUUCGUGGGUCAGGAGCCGAUCCUCUUCAACACCACCGUUCGCGCCAACAUUAUGUACGGCCUCGACGAUGGCGAGACUGUCAGCGAUGAGUACGUCAGCCAGUGCGAGAAGAUGUCAAACCUCGCAUUCUUGUACAAAAAUGGCAACAAGGGCCUGGACACGGAGGUUGGUCCCCGAGGAGGCCGCCUCUCGGGUGGCCAGAAGCAGCGCGUGGCCAUCUGCAGGGCACUUAUCCGCAACCCACCGGUUAUGCUGCUGGAUGAGGCCACCAGUGCCCUGGACACGCAAAGCGAGGCCAUCGUGCAGAAGGCUCUGGAAGCGGCGCGAGAGGGGCGUACUUCUUUCGCAAUCGCACACCGCCUUUCCACCAUCCAGGGUUGUGAUGUCAUUCUUGUGAACGCUGACGGGCGCGUGGUGGAGAAGGGGAACCACGAAGAGCUGAUGGCAAUGAAGGGAGUGUAUUACAAGCUGCAGAUGCAGGCGCAGAAAUGA